AUGGCGCAUCCCUCCAUCAAGAUCGACACCAGCGUGCCCUCCACCAAGCGCGGACUGCCCGAGAACGACAGUCUGGAUGUGGGAGGGCAGGAUAACCCCAAGUUGGAAGCCGGGAAUACGGAGCAUGUGCCACCUUUCCUGUGUCAGUCUGCGAUGGACAUCCAUGAGAAGUUCGAGGACUUGGAAUGGUUGCAGCACACCCGAAUCAACGAGGGCCAUUUAGCCAAUGACCUGUCGCAUCGCUGGGCCCUGGACCAUGACCCCAAAGUUAAAGAGCGGAAUCGGUAUUUCAACGUGCAGGCGUGGGAAAAUUGCCGCAUUCAUCUGCAGGUGGCCGAGGGCGAAUGCGAUUUCAUCAACGCGUCCCCGAUUCGACUAGAGGACUCGGUCACCCAGGAAUGGAGGAGGUAUAUCGCGACGCAGGGUCCCAAAGGAGGGCAUAUCGCAGACUUCUGGCAUAUGGUCUUUCACGAAUCCCAGGAGGUCGGCGUGAUUGUAAUGCUGACGCAGACUUUCGAAGCCGGCCGGGAGAAGUGCGCCCAGUACUUUCCCUUGGAUACGGAGCAGGCCUCGAUGAUCCUGACGACGGAUGAAUCGGAUGCAUUCUUCAACGAGAGCGAUGAGGCGGAACCUGAGGUUCUAGGGCGUGUGACACUCCUGGAGUCGACGUUUGAUGCCAAAUCGCGAUCCGAGAUCCGCAAACUCGAACUGGCCAUCGGCUCCGAGUCGAAAAUUGUGUGGCAUUUCCUGUUCGCCGGGUGGGCAGAUUACUCCAAGCCCGAAGGGAGCGAUCGCCAGGCUCUUCUAGAUUUGAUCAAACUGUCUGCGUCCAAAACCCACCCCGACAACCCUCGCAUUGUCCACUGCAGUGCCGGCGUCGGUCGAACAGGGACCUUCAUUGCCCUCGAUCACCUGCUGGGCGAGUUGGAGUCGGGCCAUUUCUUGGACAUGGCGGAAACAGGGACCGACCCUGUUUAUGACACCGUCAAUCGGAUGCGCGAGCAGCGGAUGAUGAUGGUCUACAACGAGCAGCAGAUGCAAUUCAUCUACGAGGUUCUCCGCGAGCAAACGGAUCGCAAGUUGGGGAAGCUGUCCAACUGGAACACAGACUCCCCCGACAGCGAGGAGCGCUCGGCCAAAAUCCCCAGGCUGGAUGACCAGGCCGAGUACAUGCCAGCUGCCAAGCCGGAGCUCGAAACCCUCCCCGAUCAAUUCCACACGCCAAACAGAAGUCGGUCUGGCACUCCAGAGGUUCCUGAUAAUGAAUAA